AUGCAUGAGGGUCGGCCAGCGACCGUUCGUCUUCUGGAUGGCGAGUUUCUGGAGAUUUCGGUAAUCGCCAGACUGAGCGUGAACGACGUGCUGACGCUCGCCGCGCAUCACUGCCGCAUCACUCAGCCAGACGCCCGCUUCUUCGGUCUGGCGUUCAUUGACGACAAGUUCAAUGGUACAGGUGCUGUUCAGGCGACAAAAGAUCCAGGAGGAGAAUGA